AUGGAGCGCUCAGAGCCCGGCUCCUCUGGAAAACGCAAAGCCUUGGAGCUGAGGCUGCAGACUGGGACCACGCUGGAUCCCGUGCACCUGGAAGCGUUGCUCUGGCUGUUCAUCUCUUCUUGCUGGGUUUGGAGCUUAGGCUGUGGGAUGAUGGAGACAGCGCUUGGCAACCUGGGGAAGGCAACAGACCUGGGGAUUCCCCCUUACUUCCAGAAUCUCACCCAGCACUUUGGAACAGUCACAUGGAAGAGGAGCAUGGAAAACCCACUAAGCAAGGAAUACUUGUGCACAUACUACAGAGGUAACUACACCAACUACAAACUGGGACAGUUUCUCUUCCCCAGCUUCUCACUGGAGAUCCUCAGCACCCAAUGGCUUGACCAGCAGCUCUGUGAAUACUCUGUCACCAUGGAAGCAGGGGAGAAAAACUGGCAUAUCCAGCUGGUGGCGUAUGAGCCCGUGUCUGAUCCCAGCAUCCACAUCCUCGACUGGAUGCUGGCCAAUGACAGCAGCACAGUCACUCUCAACUGCACAGCAGCACAAGGGGACAGCGUGUCCUGCAGCUGGGCCAGCUCUGAGGCCAGCACCUCAUCGCUCUGCACCCACAAUGGCAGCCUCCUACUGCUCUCCUCCGACCCCACCAACAGCACCCUGCCUCGCGCCUGCACUGCCAGCAACCCUGUCAACUGCUGCACCACCGCCCUCCACUCCUCCAUCUGCAGAUCCGAGGAGCGAGGCAGCUGGAGGACAGGGAUGCUGCUGCUGCUGCUGCUGGGGGUGGUGCUGCCCAUAAUGAUCCUGAUGGUGCUUGCCGGGGCCUUCACUGUGGCCUAUGUGGCUGCAAACAUGAGACAACCAAGGCAGCAGUUGCCUCUGGCUGAGAACAGCACAGUGCACAUCAUCUACUUUGAGGUGCAGCGGGUGGAGAAGCUGAAGUCCCCCUGCAGCCCCGCGGGCUCUGAUCACCCCACCUGCACCACCACUUAUGCUGCAGCCACUGGCACAUCCCUGGCCCCCCACAGCUCUCAGGAGAUUUUGCCCAUCCCUGCGGAAAUGGGACACGCUGCUCCCGGCCCCAAAGCAUCGCGCUGAUGAUCGCUGGAGCAACGCGUAUGGCCGAAGGAAGGAAAGAAAGCAAAGAGAGCAGCGCAGGGACAGGACGAGACAACAGCAGCGCUCGGAGGGACGAACUCGCCAGGGGGAGCCCAUAGGGGACAACGUGGAGCGCCGAACUACAGAAGAAAAAGAAAACCAACGAAUCAGAAGGUGCCCCUUGGGAGGUUUCGAGGUGUCACAGCGAGGAGCCCCCGCGGCUCUCCCAGCUCUCAAGGUGGCUGUGGGAAGCGCCGCAUCGCUUUUCCAUCCCCUAGGCCGGGUGUCCGGCUGAGUUUAGGGGUAUGGGCAGCUCCGUGUGCCCACCAUGUACAGCACCAGGACAAGGGGUGGUUCAGGGCUGUCGGCUCUUUCCUACUGUGCCGCUGCUGGGCUCGGGCAGCACGGCCGAUCUCACUUGCUAGAGAAAAUAAAGCUAUGGGGAAAUCUUUCA